CCUUUUCCAUAAUAACCGGCCCUGAAGUUACGGUAUAGUUCUUCUUCCAUACAAGUGAGUAGCAUACACACCUAGCUAGCAGCAAGUGAUCAACUAUAAUGUCUUACAUUCCGCCACACAAGAGGCAAAUAAAGGGACUCGCCAUCGCUUGAACCAACUCCGGCACCGGAGUCUCUCAUCAGAUCUGCUUUUAAUAAGAGAAAGGAUAACAAAUUUCGAACUAGGAAUGUCGGUUAUAAUGAUCAUACUAUCUUAAAUGGUUCUCUGUUGGCUUGGCUGAUGAGUUGAGAUUUUCAUCUCUUGUUAGUUUCCAACCUCUUUCACCAGAGUCUUUUGAGACAAAAGCAGGCCUACAGCCUCUCUCUUUGGUUUCAACUCAUCAAGGUUGCAGUGAAGGAAUAAAGAAUGAGCUCAUAGAAACACCAUGGCUUUUGAUUGCUGCAAAUGUGAAGAAGGAUUUACUUUUGUCAUUUCAACAUAUGAAGCGUGAGAUGGAGGAAGUUGGUAUGGCACAAGUAAAGCCGUCUGUAGUUGCUCGUUUUGGAAAAGUUCUCUUUUAUGGGAUUUCUUCAAUUUGUAAAGAUAGCCUAAAACUUCACUCACUGACUGAAACUACUUUGAGAAAAAUGUAAGGAUCUUUCCAUACGGAUGUUCCUCCUUCAUAUAUGGACUAUGUAGAAAAUCGAGUAGUGGAGAAUCUUGGACUAGAAUAUGUGCAAGGGAAAGAACUGUACUAUGUUAAGCUUUCCGAUAACUUGAGGACUGAAUCAACUGUUUCCUGCAAAUGUACUGUGGCAAAAGAUCAUAACAAGAUUCAGCUCUAUAAGUUUAGUACUCUAAACCUUUUAUGCCUGCAAUGUCGCGUAACUGUCAUUAACAUAUUUAUACCUAUCUCCUUUUUUUUUAAGAUUGAGUUGAACCGAGUACGCCACAUGGUUGCAGACAUGAGCUGUCUUGGAAAGAGCUCAGACCUAAGAUUGUUUGUAUAUACAAAGAAAAUCAAGAUGGCUUUAUCUAAGCAAACAAUAGACGAAGAUCUGAUGUUUGAAAUGCUGAAAAACAACUUGAAGUUAAUAUGGGAUCUUUGUGUGUUAGAUGGCUUGAACUCACAACCUUAGAGUUGAAAGUGAGGGUGCUUAUCAAUGGAGCAACUCGUUCUUGUCUGUAAUUAGCUUUGCUGUUAAGCUGUAAUGAAUAGAAUAUCUUACUUGAGUUGUCACAUUUCGUUUUA